ACUAGUAUUUAUAUCACCCCUACGAGGCCCUCCGGCCUACUCCAGAUCAGCCUCUGCUUCUCUCUCUGCAUUCUGUACUUUGUCUUUCAGAAUAUUUGAGAGCAAAACCAUGAUUCUUCCAACCAACUUUCUCUUUCUACAGUUCUAAGUUGAAAAACAAAAAACCAAAAAGUGAGAUAUGAAGGGUCGAUCUUCCAAGCAAGAAACAAGAGAAGGAAUGGAUAUUGAUAAAAUUAGUAAACUCAAAGAAGAGCCUCAUCUCUCUGGUGCUUACAUCCGUAGCCUUGUUAAACAAUUGACCUCUUCCAGAACCAAAGACCCCAUGAAACCUAAAGACCCUGACUCUGUUGAUGCUGUCGGUUUUAGUGAAACACCACAGAACCAGCAACCCCAACCACCUCAACAACAUAAGAAACAGGUCAGGAGGAGACUUCACACCAGCAGGCCUUACCAAGAAAGGCUGCUUAACAUGGCUGAGGCUAGGAGAGAAAUUGUCACUGCACUCAAGAGAAAUCCUAGAAUAUAUCCAUCAAGCACAAACAACUUCUCUUCUUAUGAUUUUGACAAUUUUUCCUAUUCAUCUUUCUCUCAACAUUGCCCUCCUCCUCCAAAUCCAUAUUCUUGGCCUGCUUCUCAAAUCCCUCUUCCAUCUGCCACAGACACUUUGAACUUCACUCUACCCAAUCAAACCUUAGGCCUAAACCUUAACUUUCAUGAUUUCAACAACAUAGACACCAACCUUUACCAUAACAGCAGCAACCCAUCAAUCUACUCAUCCUCAUCUCCAUCAUCGUCAUCUUCCCCAACUCUAUCCGUCGUAACUGAAGAAGUUCCUUCAGUUGCACUAUCACAUGAAGUGGGACCGGGAGCUAUGGCUGAUUUAACUGAAUCCUACGGAGAGCAGCAUCAAAUGGAGUGGAAUGAUACUAUGAAUUUAGUAACAUCAGCAUGGUGGUUCAAGUUUUUGAAGAAUAUGGAGCUUGGGCCUGAAGUGAAAGCUGAGGAUGAUGGGUACCAGCCAUUUGAUCAAGUCAUGGAAUUUCCUGCCUGGUUGAAUGCGAAUGACAGCUGCUUGCAGCAGCAUUUCAAUGAUCUUUGCCCUGAUGACUACUUCAAGGAUCCUACCUUACCUUGCAUGGACAUUGGAGAAAUUGAAGGAAUGGAUGGGGAGUGGCUGGCUUGACAAGGAUUGAUUAUGUUUUUAGUUAAUCAAAUCUUUGGCAUCAAUUUGUCUCCCUUAAUUUUGUUUUCAUUUUUAAGUCCCUUUCUCCCCUACUUUCUAUAUUUCACUACUGCUUUUUAGAAAUCUUUUGAUCUAAUAAUAAGGCUUGCAAAUAUAUGAAAGGAAGCAGGCAGGCCAAUGAGGAAAAUAAUAUGUAUCAAGCAAGAGGAAUUUGCUUUUUCCUCUACCAGUUUCCCAAUAUCAACAAUUUUAUA